AUGGCCAAUCCCACUUCCACCGACCAUCAUCCUCAGGGUCUCGAUGAUCAAUCGACCGAACACCAUUCGGUCGAGGCAAUGAUUACCCGAAUUCCCAAGAUCCUACCCCAUGAACGCGUCUUCCCUAUCCAGAUAGGGUCCGAGCUGUUCAAGCUCUCGGGCGCUUCCAUCUCAUCUGAUGCACCCUCAUAUUUUUCGCAAUAUUUUCAAUGCCAGAUCAAGGAGGCCGAAGAAAAGGGCGAAGACCUCAACAUCGCCAUCAAAACCCUCUACAUAGACCGCGACCCGGUUACUUUUAGAGACAUCGCCCUGCAUCUUCAAGGAUAUCAUGUACGACCGCGAGACUCGACGCACUUUGUGCGCUUGUUUGCCGAUGCCCAGUUCUACAGCCUGCCGAAGCUUAUCUCGCAGCUUUACGAAGAGCCCAUCUUCACAACCAUCGGUGACCGAGAGUUCCAAAUCCCUCGUGAGCUCUUCAGCGAGCACGGAAACUCGCCCAACUUCUUCUCCCUCGGCUUCGCCGCCUUCUUCUCUCGCCCGGACGACCUCUUUCCGGGUCUUGAUCGAGAAGGCCUCCUCCGGCCCCCGUCUAUCCUCCCGCCUUCUGUGCCCGGCCGCAGCGCCGAAACCUUUGCUGAGAUCUUGCACCUCCUGCGCGGGUACCCGGUCGAGAUCCGAAGCGAGGCUCACCGCGCCGCCUUGCUGAGCGAUUGCCGUUACUUCAACUUCAAGGCUCUGGAACAGCGCCUCAUCCCCCACGAGAUCUCCUACAACCUUGCUCGGCAUCGUAACGAGAUCGUUCUCCGCUUGCGAGAUAUCCUCAAAAGCGGCAUUGGCAUUGCGAGGGAGCCUACACCCACUGAUCCGGCUGCCGCGUGGGUCAGUUAUCGUCGGCCCUAUGUUGAUAAGGACGACUAUGAGCUCGUUCUUGAGAUCGGCGGGGAGAGCACUCGGCUAGUGCAGUUCACGUAUGGCUCGGUGCAGGACGCCGGGAUUAACGGGACUGAAUCCGCUAGCAAGUUCUACCCAGCUGCUUCUCAGAAAGUUCUUUUCGCCCGUGCUGAGUUCGUCGGCGAGACUAAGGCUCGUGUCGCCAAGCUGUUCGAGGUGCUGGCCACCAAGCUUGGCUUGAAUGUCACGACCCAGCCGCUUGGCCUGCUAAUGAACCAGGGCGGGGCAAGCAGCACGCCACCUACGCCAGGUAACACACCGAUCAGUGAUGAUCUGGUGAAGGUUGUCAUUGGGCCCGAGGCAGGUGUUACAUUGGAUGGGAGGGAGUGGGUCAUCCCAUUCGAAGAAGGGGAAGAUGAGGAUGAAGUUGAAGAUGAUGAAGUGGAUACGCUAUUUGGCGGGGAGGGGCCGAGGAAGAGGAGGAAGGUUGAGGAGGGCAGCGGUUGGCCGUUGGCAUUACCUUCGCCUAUGGCAGGGUUUGUAGGUGAGACUCAUGGGGGUUGGAGGGGAGCUCAGGAGUGGUUGGUGAAGACGGGACAGUGGAGGUUGAGGAUUCAAGGGGUGAGAAAUGGCAAGGCGCCUGUUGAGUGUUGCCUUAUGGCAGUCAAGUUGGACGCGUUUAGCUCAGAAAGGGAGAGGAAUGUGAAGAGGAAGUUUUUGGGUAGUUAG